GCUGCUCCUUCAUCCUGCUUGGUGUCUCUGUCUGCUCUUCGCGCGCUUGUUGACUCUCUUAAACAUCACAUGAGGAAGUUGCUUCAUUCUAUUAGCCUCACCUUUUGACCAGUCAGAUCAUGGAUCAAGAGUGGACACCUUUGGACUGUCUGCUGCCUUCAGGCAAACAGAGGAUUUGUCUAAUCAUUCUGAACCAGCCCAUUGAUAAGGACCACCUACACACCCUCUGGGGUAAAGCUCUCUUGAGGGCAUGUGCUGAUGGAGGUGCCAAUCAACUUUAUAACAUCACCGCUGGAGAUCGUGACAACUUUCUUCCUGACUACAUCAGUGGGGAUUUUGAUUCCAUUACACCAGAGGUUAAAGCUUUCUAUGCAGACAAGGGGUGCAAGCUCAUAGAAACAGCUGACCAAGAUCUAACUGACUACACCAAAUGUCUUGUAAAAAUGCUGGAAGAGAUACAGACACGAAAGCUGCAGGUGGACACCAUAGUGACACUGGGUGGGCUAGCAGGGAGAUUUGACCAAACCAUGGCAUCGGUUGAGACGCUCUUUCAUGCUCAGUCCAUGACACAGCUGCCUGUUUUGAUCAUACAGGAAACAAGCUUGGCAUGCUUACUCAGACCCGGCAACCACAGACUCGGGGUAAACACCAGCCUGGAGGGAGAGUGGUGCAGCCUCAUUCCUGUAGGUGGACCCUGCCAAACAGUCACCACAGGACUCAAAUGGAACCUGGAUAAACAAGUCCUGCAGUUUGGGAAGCUUGUGAGCACCUCCAACGCCUAUGAACCCACAGCACCAGGGAACCCCAGGAAGCCUGUGACUGUGACCACAGACCAGCCUCUGCUUUGGAGCAUGGGCAUCCACAUUAAUGAGAAAUAACAGACUGUUCCGUCAGAAGUAACUACCUUUUGUUUUGUUUUUAAAACAAGGUAGAACAAAAAACACUUGUUUAAGAAAUACAGAUUGUUAUGGAGUGAAUUUAGUCACACUUUGAAAGAUCAGAAAUGAUUUAAAGCCAUUGGCUAACUGUAGAUCAUGUCUGUAACAUCACAUUGAACUGUAUCCCACACCAUGUGCUUUCAACUUCUCCAUCUCCUUUUCCCCCCGCCCAAAAAAGUGAAUAGUGCCUUAUGUCAUGUUUUAUAUUUGGGCUUGUCAUAACUGUAUUAUUGCACUCAAUUCCAAAAUUAAAAACCGUUUUCACAAUAAA